CAGCCCGGCCCAGCCCCGGUAAAGUUGUGCCUCUCGCACUUGGAAACUUUUGGGAGCCGAGCCGGGCUUUGCUGAGAAAUGACUGCUGUCACUGCAGCCAACGUGAACUUCAAAUGGGACCCCAAGAGCCUGGAGAUAAGGACCCUGGCAGUGGAGAGGCUGCUCGAGCCUCUUGUUACACAGGUAACAACACUGGUUAACACCAGCAACAAGGGCCCCUCCAAUAAAAAACGAGGCCGUUCUAAAAAGGCUCAUGUCUUGGCUGCUUCAGUCGAGCAAGCAACAGAGAAUUUCCUGGAGAAAGGAGACAAAAUUGCCAAGGAGAGCCAGUUCCUGAAGGAGGAGCUGGUGGCAGCUGUGGAAGAUGUUCGUAAGCAAGGUGACCUGAUGAAGAGUGCCUCGGGGGAGUUUGCAGAUGACCCCUGCUCGUCGGUGAAGCGAGGGAACAUGGUGCGGGCGGCGCGCGCGCUGCUCUCGGCCGUCACCCGCCUGCUCAUCCUGGCUGACAUGGCAGACGUCUACAAACUGCUUGUGCAGCUCAAAGUUGUGGAAGAUGGUCUCUUGAAACUAAGAAAUGCUGGCACAGAGCAAGACUUGGGUAUCCAGUACAAAGCCCUCAAACCAGAAGUGGACAAGCUUAAUAUAAUGGCAGCCAAAAGACAGCAGGAGCUGAAAGAUGUGGGUCACCGCGAUCAGAUGGCAGCAGCCAGAGGCAUCCUGCAGAAGAACGUGCCCAUCCUGUACACAGCAUCCCAGGCCUGCCUGCAGCACCCCGACGUGGCUGCCUACAAAGCCAACAGGGACCUGAUCUACAAGCAGCUGCAGCAGGCGGUCAGCGGCAUCUCCAACGCCGCCCAGGCCACGGCCUCGGACGAUGCUGGCCAGCAGCAGGGAGGGGGUGGAGAGCUGGCCUAUGCCCUCAACAACUUCGAUAAACAAAUCAUCGUGGACCCGUCGACGUUCAGCGAGGAGCGGUUCCGGCCGUCGCUGGAGGAGCGGCUGGAGAGCAUCAUCAGCGGCGCGGCGCUCAUGGCAGACUCGUCCUGCACGCGCGACGACCGCCGCGAGCGCAUCGUGGCCGAGUGCAACGCCGUGCGCCAGGCGCUGCAGGACCUGCUCUCCGAGUACAUGGGCAACGUGAGUGAUCAUCCUGGGGGUCUAAAAUGUGGGAUUGGAGCUCCAUGGGCAACGUGAGUGCUGAUCCUGGGG